AUGACGAUUCAAUAUUUAAUAGUUGUUGUUUUGAGUUUUGUUGUUGUUUAUGGAACAGAAUGGCCAGUUCCAUAUGAACGUGUAACAAGUCGUCCGACUAAUAAUCCAUAUUGUCAAGCAGGUCUUAUUUCGUUUUGUCCAAAUGGUAAAGCUGAAGAUGCAAUGAUUUAUGCACAAGAUGAAACGGAUACAAUUGAAAUAUUUGCACUUAAAAAACCUGUAUGGUCAUUUAAAUUCGGAGACUUAAUGGCUAAAUUUAAAGUUAUGCAUGAUGGAUUAGGUUUUCGUAGUCAAAAAACAGGUCGUAAUUGGACAAUGGAAUGGUAUGAAUUAGAUCAGUUAUUCAAUUGUACAUUUCCUCAUGUACUUAAAAAUGAUACAUUCAUAUGGUGUGAUCAAGGUGCUUUAUGUGUUUAUGAGGGAAUUGUUGAUUCAAUGUGGAAUGGUUCGUCAGAUUUAAGCAUGUUAAAAAAAGUUGCUCAAAUGAAUGGCAAAGAUUAUAAUACAUGGGCAACAUGGGCUGUAAGUGAUAAUAAUACUGGUAUUUAUUAUGAAACAUGGACAGUAUAUUCAGAUCCUGGUCCUAAUGCCACAAUGUAUUUUGAUUCGUAUGAUUGUGCUAGUUUUGUUAUUCGUGGAUUGAAUGAAUUGUAUCAUUAUGGUGCUCAAAUAUUACCCAAUGUUCAUUUAAAUUAUACACGUUUAAAUAUCUAUUCAUAUGAACCCGUCUUACUUGGUACAUAUGAUCAAAUAGUUCAUAAUCAAACUCUUUAUAAUGAUUUUAUUGAUUUUUAUCGUGAAUUUGAUUCAAAAAAACCCAAUACAGAAGAAUGGUUUAAAGCAUUCGUAGAAAUUUAUGAAACAUUUUAUUUAUCAAAACGCUUCUAUUUUUAUUACAAUAAUGUUUAUUGGUAUUUAAAAUUAAAAGAUACAACACCACUUAAAAUUUCAUUUGAUGAAGUUCCAAUCAGUUCUAUUUUAAAACUAAACUAA